GGAACAGGCUUCCCCAGAAGCCCUCUCUGGUUCUGACAUGAAUUCCAGCUACUUGCUGAGUCCCACUGCCGCUGCCAAGAGCCAGGAGAGCACUGAGGAAUAGCCACUCAGGUAAGGGCAUCUCCGACACUUGGGUCCACCAUGAACUGGGGGAUCUUUGAGGGGAUCCUGAGUGGGGUCAACAAAUACUCCACAGCCUUUGGGCGCAUCUGGCUGUCCCUGGUUUUCAUUUUCCGGGUGCUGGUGUACCUGGUGACGGCUGAGCGCGUGUGGAGCGACGACCACAAGGACUUUGACUGCAACACCCGCCAGCCCGGGUGCUCCAAUGUCUGCUUCGACGAGUUCUUCCCCGUGUCCCACGUGCGCCUCUGGGCCCUGCAGCUCAUCCUGGUCACAUGCCCCUCGCUGCUUGUGGUCAUGCACGUGGCCUACCGCAAGGCUCGAGAGAAGAGGUACCAAGAGGCCACUGGGGAGAGCGGUGGGUGCCUCCACCUGGACCCUGGCAAGAAGCGGGGUGGGCUCUGGUGGACAUACGUCUGCAGCCUGGUGUUCAAGGCUGGGGUAGACACUGCCUUCCUCUAUGUGUUCCACUCUUUCUACCCCAAAUACACCCUCCCUCGUGUGGUCAAGUGCAACGCAACUCCCUGCGGCAAUAUAGUAGACUGCUUCAUCUCCAAGCCUUCCGAGAAGAACAUCUUCACCCUCUUCAUGGUGGUCACGGCCGCCAUCUGCAUCUUGCUCAACCUCGUGGAGCUGACCUACUUGGUGGGCAAGAGGUGCCGUGAGUGCUGGGCCACAAGACAUGCCCAUACCACGUGCACAGGGCAUCACCGUGCUGCCUCUCCCUGCAAACAGGACGACCUCCUCUCAAGCGACCUCAUCUUCCUGGGCUCUUACACUCCCCCUCCUCUCCUACCAGACCACCCUCGAGACUAUGUGACGAGAACCAUCCUGUGAGGGGCUGCCUGGACUGAGCUGAUGGGUCAGACCAAGGUUGGAAGGUUCCAGCAUCUCUCCUAGGUGUCCCCUGGGAGUGAGGGUGCUAAGGUGUGAGAAGGGAGCAGGCAAAAGGCCAGGAUCCGACUCCUAUGCCUCAGCUCCGGCCACCUGCCCCGGCAUGUGGCUGUGAGUGAGGUUCCCCACUGCUCUGCACCUCGGUUACCUCUGUAAAACAGAGGUACUGAGCACCACCUCACAGGUGCGCUGUAAGGGGGGUUUCAUAAGAGCACAAGUGUGCAAGCACCUUAAUAAAAUCCAACA